AUGGUUGCUUUUUUCGCUGUUGCCGUGGGAGCUUUGCUCGCUCAGGCCUGGGCUAUGCCCACUGCCUCUGAAGGUGGAGUCUUGAGCGCAUCUGCCAUUCCCACUGCCGCGUCCACUUCGUUGCCGGUCGCUGCGGCCCAGCUGGACAAGCUGGCCGAAUUGGCUUUCAGCACCACAUCGAAUGUUGUCGCGAGCGAUUCUGACAUUGAGAAGCGUGGCGGAUGUUCGCUUGGCAACCUCCGAAUCCGUCGGGAUUGGAGGACUUUCUCUGCCAGAGAGAAGAAGUCUUACAUCAAAUCUGUGGUGUGUCUUCAGAAAUUGCCGUCGCGCUCUCCCUCCGAUCUCGUCCCGGGAGCCCGGUCGCGUUACGAUGAUUUUGUCGCGACGCACAUCAACCAAACUCUGGGAAUUCACUACACAGGAACUUUCCUAGCCUGGCACCGAUACUUCAUUUGGAAUUUCGAGCAAGCUUUGCGCAACGAGUGUGACUACACUGGCGAUUACCCAUAUUGGAACUGGGCUGCUGAUGCUCACGAUAUUGAGAAGUCCCAGGUCUUCGAUGGCAGCGAGACCUCGAUGUCCGGCAACGGCGCGCCGACCAACACUACCGGCGACAUCCAGCUUUCCCUGGGUAGUUAUCCUGUCAUCCACUUGCCGACCGGCAAAGGCGGCGGCUGCGUAACCAGCGGACCCUUCAAAGACUACAAAGUCAACCUUGGCCCUGUUGCGCUGAUGCUACCGGGCGGUAACACCAGCUCCGCCGCUAAUCCGCUUGCCUACAACCCUCGCUGUUUGACUCGCGACCUGACUACCUCCAUUGUCCAAGACUACGCCAACUACACCUCCGUCGUGGACUUGAUCCUGGGCAACGACAACGUCUGGGACUUCGAGAUGAGCAUGCAGGGUGUUCCUGGUAGCGGCUCGAUCGGCGUCCACGGUGGCGGCCACUACUCCAUGGGCGGUGAUCCCGCCCGCGAUGUCUACGUCAGCCCCGGUGAUCCGGCUUUCUGGCACCACCACGGUAUGAUCGAUCGCACUUGGUGGAUUUGGCAGAACUUGGACUUGAAGAAGCGCGGAGACGCGAUUUCGGGUACCGGUACUUUCUUGAAUAUGCCUGCCUCGGCAAAUACUACCCUUGAUACCAUGGUUGAUAUCGGGUAUGCUGGUGGUGAGCCUAUCGCCAUGCGCGACCUCAUGAGUACCGUGUCUGGUCCUUUCUGCUACAUUUAUUUGUAG